AUCACAGCGAUGUCUCUCAGCUGUCGCAGUCUGUGAACAGAUGCUGUUAUAACAGUUUCUGAAAGUUGUUAAACAUUUGUUUCUUCGUUGUUUUCUCUUUCCCGCUACGUUAAGAUGGCUGGAAAUUUCUGGCAGAGCUCGCAUUGCAAGCAAUGGAUUUUGAGUCCGGAAUUUUUGGUGCGAGAAAGAGAACUUGAUCUUCAAGUAAUGGGCGAGGUUGAUUAUCAAAAACUUAUGAUGUUUUUUGCGAACGUAAUUCAGUCAAUAGGAGAACAGUUAAAGCUGCGACAGCAAGUUAUUGCCACAGCAACAGUAUAUUUUAAGAGGUUCUACUCUAAGCAUUCACUAAAUAGUUGUGACCCUCUUCUAUUGGCACCAACUUGUAUAUUUUUAUCAUCAAAAGUUGAGGAAUUUGGCGUGAUUUCAAAUUCUCGAUUAAUAAGUGUUGUUACAACAGUUAUUAAAAGUAAAUACUCUUACGCCUUUCCCAAUGAGUUUAAUUACCGUAUACAUCAUGUGUGGGAAUGCGAGUUCUACCUUCUUGAGUUAAUGGAUUGUUGCUUAGUUGUGUUUCACCCCUAUCGGCCAUUGGUGCAGUAUGUUAAUGCCUUGGGCAUGGCAGAUGCACUUUUACCAAUUGCCUGGCGCAUUGCAAAUGAUAGCUUAAGAACUGAUGUUAUAUUACUGUACCCACCCUUCCAAAUUGCGUUAGCUUGUCUACACAUGGCUUGUGUUGUCCAGAACCAAGAAGCAGCCACGUUUCAAUGGUUUGCCGAUCUAAAUGUUGACAUGGAGAAAAUUAUAGAAAUAACAAACUUAAUUUUAAAGUUAUAUGAACUCUGGAAAGCAUUUGAUGAAAAAUCAGAAAUUCCUGGACUCUUAAAAAAGAUGCCAAAAGUUUUAUUAUCACAGCAACGAGAUGGAAAAAAUGAUUCAAAUUCGGGAAGAAAUAACGUUUCUGUUAAAGACCAAAAUAAACACAUCUAAAAAACUAAGUGAAAUUCAAAGUAUUUUAAGCAAAUUCAUGUUUUACCUUCCUUUAUUUUUUGCAGUUGCUGUGUAAAACAUUAAAAUUUUGUUAAUUAGUUAUUAAUAUUAAAUGUAAAAACUACCAUUUUUUAAAAUCUUUUCACUGCCUUUACUCGUCAAAAUGCGCAUUUAUAAAGAUAUGUAUAAUUAUUCUUGUUGGUUGUAAAUCAAAUUACUAAUUUUAUGUAUUGUUUACUA